ACCACAGCUAGAGCCCGGCGGCGGCGCGCCCCUCCCGCCUCGGUUCGCGCUCGAGCUCUGUGCCCAACCAGGCAACUUCCGGACUCCCAGGUAGGGAGGAGCCCCGGGUCGGCAAUGCCAACUGCCCAAACACCGAACUCACGGCCAGUGUGGAAAAAGCAGCCGGCCCAGGGUUCCCUCCCCUGCCUGGGGGUGCAUCUGCUCAAAGUCUUCCAGCCCCUCAAGCAGAAAUGGUGUGGGAUUUGGGCCAGACCUCUCUUUCAGUGACUCAAAGCCGCCAGCUGUACUGGAAUGACAGGGUGGAUGGCCCUUAGCCUCCUCCCUUUUGAAGGGAGGAAACAUCACACCACCCCGGUGGCCUCAGUCCCGGGUGCUGUCAUCUUUUCCCUGUGACUCCCCUCCACUUUGCUUCUCAUACUCCUUCUGGUUUUCCUGCCUCCCUCUUCAGCUGUGGGAUGCAAAGCUGGACCAAGGCCUCCGGGCCUUUCAGAGAUUCCAUCCUGGUUGUGGUAUCACUGCGGCCCCUCCAUAGCUGUGUCUCAAAGCCCGCGGGGAACAGGCUAGUGUCCUGGUGUCAGGACAUUGCUACAUGUUCACUGUGCUGGAAGAGCCCAGGGAGAUCAGCGGGCUGAACAGAACUCCUUUGUGAAGAGCUCUGCCAUCAAGGAGCACAGCGCAAGGCCAGGCCUGGCCCAUGGACCCUUCUCCGGACAGCCCAGCUGCACCAGUGGGGCUGUUCUCUGAAGCUGCAGAGGGCCUGGGCACACUCUCCUCUGGGAGGAGCCAUGGUGUUUAGGAGGCGCGGGAGCAGCUCCCAGUGGUGGGCAGGCCUGGGAGGGAGUGGCGGCUGCCGAGGCCCCCUAGGCCUGCUCAGGGCCUCCUUGCUGCUGGUCAGCCUGCCUCUGGGGGCCAGGGGAGCAGCCAGUGCCAACCUCAGCACAGCUCUGGGCUGUAGUGUGCCACUGACAGGGGGCCAAUACUUGAGCAUUGGGGAUGGCUCUGUGAUGGAGUUUGAGUUCCCAGAGGAAAGUGAGGGCAUCAUUGUGAUCUCGAGCCGGUACCCGGGCCAGGGCAAAGGGACAGGGCCUGGCCCCAUGCUCAGGGUCACCUCCCUUGACACGGAGGUGCUGAGCAUCAAGAAUGUGAGUGCCAUAACCUGGGGCGGUGGGGGCGGCUUCGUGGUGAGCAUCCACUCGGGCCUGCCUGGGCUAGCCCCACUCCACAUUCAGCUCCUGGACUCCCGGGAGGGCCCCCCCAGGCUAAUUGAGGAACAAAGAGAUUUCUGCAUCAGGGUGUCACCUGCUGAAGACACCCCUGCCACGCUCGGCGCCGACCUGGUCCACUUCUCGGAGAACCCAAUACUCUACUUGCUCCUGCCUCUGAUCUUCGUCAACAAGUGUUCGUUUGGGUGCAAAGUGGAACUCGAAGUUCUGAAAGGGCUCCUGCAGAGCCCCCAGCCCAUGCUGCUGGGCCUCCUAGGCCAGUUUUUGGUCAUGCCCUUCUAUGCUUUCCUGGUGGCUAAGGUCUUCAUGCUGCCCAAAGCCCUGGCUCUAGGCCUCAUCAUCACCUGCUCAUCGCCCGGCGGCGGGGGGAGCUACCUCUUCAGCCUCCUCCUUGGAGGGGACGUCACCCUGGCCAUCUCCAUGACUUUCAUCUCAACAGUGGCUGCCACCGGUUUCCUGCCAUUGUCCUCCGCCAUCUACAGCCGCCUGCUCAGCAUCCACGAAACACUCCACGUGCCCGUCUCCAAGAUCCUGGGGACCCUGCUGUUCAUCGCCAUCCCCAUAGCAGCAGGCGUGGUGAUCAGGUCCAAGCUGCCCAAGUUCUCCCAGUUGCUGCUGCAGGUCAUCAAGCCUUUCAGCUUCGUGCUGCUCCUCGGCGGCCUCUUCCUGGCCUACCGCAUGGGGGUCUUCAUCCUGGCGGGCGUCAGGCUGCCCAUCGUGCUGGUGGGCCUCACGGUGCCCCUGGUCGGCCUCCUGGUGGGCUACUGCCUGGCCACGUGCCUGAAGCUGCCGGUGGCACAGCGGCGGACGGUCAGCAUUGAGGUAGGGGUCCAGAACAGCCUGCUGGCCUUGGCAAUGCUGCAGCUGUCCCUCCGUCGUCUUCAAGCUGACUACGCCUCUCAGGCCCCCUUCAUUGUAGCGCUGAGUGGUACCUCGGAGAUGCUGGCCUUGGUGGUUGGCCACCUCAUCUAUAGCAGCCUGUGCCCAGUCCCCUGAGGCCCCUGGGUCCAGCUUUCACCACCCCUUGCCCCCGGCCUCCACCCACCUCCCCACAGCUCUUGUGUACCAAAGGCCUUCGGCUCUCAUGCACUAUGCACUCAGAAAACAAUCCAGGCUUAUUUUUUUUUACUGGUUUUUUAUUCUUCAGCUUUCAGUGCCAAAGAGGCCAUGCUGAGUUAGGUAGGUGGGCACUGCUCAGAAAAUAUAUUUCAAUAAAAGAGAGAAGCAAGUU